AUGUCCCUUUCGAAGUGGUGGCCAAGAAUUGCGACCGGACAAACCAAUGGAGCGCAGCAUUGCAAGUUGCUCUGCGGAGGAAAUCAAUUAGAUAUGAAGCUGUCCCCAGACCGCUACAGUGCGACUGACAGCGCUUGCAGAAAAGGCGUGCAAUGGCAGCAGGCAUCGCCGCUUCUCAGUGUGAUGUUUGAGUCACAGAUCGACCCGAACGUUACCAUAUACAGCGCUGGAAUCAGCGCGUGCGAGAAGGACGGGCAGUGGCAGUUGAUGUUGGGGCUACUGAGCGAGAUGCAGGAGGCGAAGCUGGAGCUAGACGUCCUCACAUACGGCGCUGGGGUCAGAGCGUGCGAGCAGGGCGAGCAGUGGCAGCUGGCUUUGACGCUGCUGAGCGAGAUGUGGGCGGUGAAGCUGGAGCCCGACGUCAUCAGCUACAGCGCUGGGAUCAGCGCGUGCGAUAUAGGGGAGCAGUGGCAGCUAGCCCUGUCUCUGCUUGGCAAUCUGUUGGCGGCGAAGGUGGAAGCGAACGUCAUUAGCUACAACGCCGGAAUUAGUGCGUACGACAAAGCGGGGCAGUGGCAACAAGCUCUGUCGCUGCUGAGCGAGAUGCGAGUGGCGAAGUUGGAGCUCAGCGUCAUCAGCUACAACGCUGGGGCAAACGCGUGUAAGAGAGGCGGGCAGUGGCAGCGGGCUCUGUUGCUGGUGAAGGAGAUGUGGGAGGUGAAGUUGGAGCCAGACGUCAUCAGCUUUCAGGCUGGGAUGAGCGCAUGCAAUAGAGGCAGGCAGUGGCAGCGGGCCCUGUCACUGUUUGGAACUAUGCUUGAUGCGAAGAUGGAGCCUGACGCCAAGAGCUACAACAUUGGAAUCACCGCGUACGGGAAAGGCAAGCGGUUGCAGAGUGCAAUGUCCAUGUUUAGAGAAAUGUUAGCAACUCAGGUGGAGCCCGACGCCUUCAGCUACACCGUUGCGAUGGGCAUGUGCCCGAAAGGAAGCGAGUGGGAGCAUGCUUUGGCGCUGUUCAGCGAAAUGUGUGAGGCUCAGGUGGAGCCCAACGCCUUCAGCUACAGCACUGGCAUCAGCGCGUGCGGGAAAGGCGAGCAGUGGCAGCAUGCUCUGGCUUUGCUCAGUGCGAUGCGGGAGGCGAAUGAGCUGUCCAUCGGCGCCAUCUGUUACACCACUGCCAUCAGCGCGUGCGGGAAAGGCAAGCAGUGGCAGCAUGCCCUAGCGCUGCUCAGAGAGAUGCGGGAGGCGAAGGAGGCGUUUGCCGACGCCAUCUGCUAUAGCACUACUAUCAGCGCGUGCGGGAAUUGCGAGCAGUGGCAGCACGCUCUGGCGUUACUCAGAGAGAUGCGAGGUGCGGAACUGCAACCCAACGUCGUCAGCUGCAACGCUGGGAUCAGCGCAUGCGGGAAAGGUAAGCAAUGGCAGCGGGCCGUGGAACUGCUCAGAGAGGUGCGGGAGGCAAGGUUAACGCCCACUAUCAUGUGCUACGGUGCUGGGAUGAUGGCCUGCGACAAAGGCGAGCGGUGGCAGCCGGCUCUGGCGCUGCUCAGCGAGAUACGGGAGGCAACACUGGAGCCCGACUCUGCUACAACACUGGCAUCAGCGCGUGCGGGACAUGCGAACAUUGGGAGCUGGCUCUGGCGCUGCUCAAUCAGAUACGGAAGGCGAUGUUGGAGCCCAACGUCGUCAGCUACAGUGCUAGUAUCAGCGCUUGCGAGAAAGGCGAGCAGUGGCAGCACGCUCUUGCGCUUCUGA